UUGGAUACGUUCAACAAUUGUUCGUACAUGAAUUUUGAUCAUUUUAUGGAUUAUCAGACCACCGGUUUCGGCGGUUUACCCGAUGUCACCGAACACUCCAACAUCCGCCGUACUAUCUCCCGCCAAAAUUCCACCUCCAACAGUGAUUCGGGUGGCGAAAUUGCCAGCAUACAAAAAUCAAAAGUAAACUUCAACGACAGCAAAUCCCCCUCCGAUGUUAGCGAUGCACUUGCCGGCGAUGUGGUCGCAGCAGUGGCGGCCAAGGCCAAACGCAAAUCACAAAAAGCCUCUCAACAACAUGGCAGUGGUGGCGGUGGUCAUAUGGUCGGUGGUAGCCGUGUCGGCCAACACAAGUUAACCGGUCGCAAUUCCUGUGUCAUUGGUCUGACGUUGGUGGUGGCGAUGUCGUUGUUGGCCAUCGCCGCUACGCUGCUGUAUCAGCAUUUCGUUAUGGCGCCCAGCCGCAAUUCACACACACAAAGACUGAAGAUUGUCAAGCGGAUAUUGCGGGAUGUCCCCCUGGUGGAUGGUCAUAAUAAUUUUGCAUGGAACGUGCGUAAAUAUGCCCAUAGCAGUUUGGAAUUGGUCCAUGUCAGCAAUGAUAUAAAUCAUAAAUCGAUGUGGGUACGUCCGGCGUGGGCGCAAACGGAUAUGGAGCGGUUGAAGAUGGGUCAAGUCGGCGUGCAAGUGUGGUCUGCCUAUGUACCCUGUGAAGCCCAAGGCUUGGAUGCUGUCCAGCUGGCAUUGGAACAAAUCGACAUAAUCAGGCGCCUAACAGACAUGUAUCAUCAGGAUACGGUGUUGGUGCAGUCAUCCAAAGACAUACAAAUGGCCCAGAGGCAGGGGCUAAUCUCAUCACUGAUUGGUAUUGAGGGUGGUCAUGCCAUUGGCUCAUCGUUGGGGGUGUUGCGCUCGUUCUAUUCGCUGGGUGCUCGAUAUCUCAGUCUUACCCAUAAAUGUGAUGUGUCAUGGGCUGGAUCAAGUUCGACAGCUAUUGAUGCGGGAUUGUCGCAGUUCGGCAAGGCAAUAAUUCGUGAAAUGAAUCGUCUGGGUAUGAUGAUUGAUUUGUCGUAUAGUUCGGAUAACACGGCAAGGGAUGUGCUAUCCUCAACACGGGCUCCAGUGAUUUUCUCCCAUUCGGGCGCCAGGCAAUUGUGUAACUCCACCCGCAAUGUCCCCGAUGAUAUAUUGCGAUUGGUGGCGGAAAAUGGUGGCCUGAUAAUGAUUAGCUUCGAUUCGGAAGAUGUGGCCUGUGGUAGGCAGUCACGCCUCAAAGAUGUGGUGGAUCACAUAAAAUACAUACGCACCAUUGCUGGAAUACAACACAUUGGUUUGGGCGCAGGAUACGAUAGCAUUGAGCUGCCACCCAUUGGCUUGGAAGAUGUCUCAAAAUACCCUGAUCUCUUGGCCACCCUUCUCGAGGAUCCCAAUUGGAGUGAAGAGGACAUUGCCAUGUUGGCUGGUAAAAAUUUCCUACGCAUCAUGGAAACAGUGGAGAAUGUACGAGACUAUUGGAAGCGGGCAGCAAUACAACCCAUUGAACAGACUGAACCCCAGCCAAAGAGUCAGUGUGCGUAUAUGGCAUCGUGACCCCAGGCCCAAGCUGUGGUACGCAAGACACGUUAUGCCGAUUUUUGG